UGUCAUCAGUGUCAUCGUUGUUGAAUUUUGAUUAUUUUUGAUGAUUUAUUAAUUUUGAACUUUUUAACAUCAAAUCAAUGAGAAGUAAACUAGUGCUUGUUCAAAUCAACAAAUAUUAUUCAAAAUAAAAGGAAAAAGAUAAAAAUUAAACAGUAAACUGAUAACUUACGAUACGUACAGUAGAAAUACAAUAAUUAUCAACAAUAGAAAGACGAAACAUGAAAAAUGGUUAUUAGUUGCGUGUUUCAUUGUGUUUUAUUUAUAAAUCUACAAAGAACAUACUUACCCUUUCUAAUUAAAUAGUAGAAUCUUAUAACAGUGCCCUUGUGACUUAUUGCGGAACAUCGUAGAGAUAAUAGAAGACCAGAAUGUCUUUUAUAUUGAAUAUAAAUUGGAAAUGGGAAGAUAUGUGCGGGCCUGGAGGGCUUCAUCCAUGGAAUGAUGCCACGAAAGACUUCAGCGUGUGUUUUCAAGAGCUAUUCUUACAAGUACCAGUGUACUUUAUAAUAGCUAUAGUAUCAGGGUAUUUUGUUGGAUAUCGAAAAGAUUGGGUGAUACGAGAAAAAACUCAAGAACGUGCCAUAAUAUUUCGAAGUUUUGUUGUUUUAGGCUUAGCCUUCAUACCGAUCAUAGAAAUAUAUAUAUUUACUACCAAACCUGACUUCACUCUAUAUCCAGUAGACUAUUUUGCUGCUGGUUCAUCCUGUUUAGCAUGGCUGGUGCACUUUGGAUAUGUUUUAGCAUUGAAACACCGUCUUGGGCGUAGCUCUCGAGGUCCAGUAAUGCAAUUAUUUUUAUGGUGCUGUACAGUUCUUUUAAACCUGAUAGCUCUCCGUAGCAACAUCAUUUCUGGUUCACAAACAGGUUUCAAUACAGCUGCAUUAUGUUGUCACGUACUGUAUUUUUUAACUCUGAUUCCUUCAAAUUACUCACGACCAACAUUUUACUCGCCAUGCUUAGUAGGCUCCCAACACUCUCAUAGCGAGUACACUCCACUGAUACCCCAUGUAGAUGAUGAUGUUCUUGGUACAGCUAUGCAGGGCAACAGCUUUUUUUCAAAGUUGAUGUUUACUUGGGUGAACCCUUUGCUACAAAAAGGUCUGGAGAAUAAACUAAAAGAUCCUGAAGAACUUUUCGACAUACCAGCAGAAUAUCGUAGUUCAUAUAUUGGUGCCAGAAUGGAUCGAGCAUUGGUUGGAAAUGUUGAUCAUCACCAACAAUAUGCUGAUAUACCACAUGAACCUUUUAUAAGCACAGGAUAUGGAGCUAUAGGUGAAACAGUGCCACAAGCCUCAACACCUGUAACAUCAACAUCACGAGUUCGGGUCCACCCCGUACGACGACAAAAUGUUUCCUUAUUACGAGCACUGCAUAAGGUUUUUGCAGUAGAGUUUUACAGUAUUGGUUUACUUAAAUUGGUAUCUGAUAUGGCAGGUUUUGCAGGACCUCUUUUAUUGAAUAAGUUGGUUGAAUUUGUUGAAGAUACUACAAUUGAUGAACAUAUUGGGUAUACUUUUGCAGUUAGUCUUUUGAUAGCAACAUUAGGAUCGACCAUAUUUAUUGUCCAAUUUAAUUGGUUAAUGUCCAUAAUUGGACUAAAGAUGCGUGGUGCGCUAGUCACCACCAUUCUAAGGAAAACCUUAAGUGUGACUUCAACUGAGCUGACUAAAGCGUUCUCUGUUGGUGAAAUAACAAAUUUUAUGUCUACUGAUACUGAUAGGAUUGUGAAUUCAUGUCCUAGUUUUCAUGCUCUAUGGAGUAUACCAUUACAGUUAUUUAUAACACUGUUUUUAUUGUAUCAACAAGUGGGACUAUCUUUCCUUGCUGGAGUAGGCUUUUCAGUUAUUCUAAUACCAAUAAACAAACUUAUUGCAAAUAAAAUUGGGCAAUUAAGCACAGAGUUGAUGAAGCAUAAGGACACUAGAGUCAGUUUGAUCAGUGAUUUGCUAAAAGGAAUUAGAACUGUAAAGGUUCAUGUUUGGGAAGAUUAUUUUGUGGACAGAGUAUCAGGGGCACGUGCAGAAGAGAUGCGUUACCUCCGAGGCCGCAAGUAUUUGGACGCGGUAUGUGUUGUAUUGUGGGCUACAACACCGGUGCUGGUCGCAGCACUGACGCUUGGUACACAUGCGCUGCGGGGACAACCCCUAGAAGCACCGACUGUAUUUACAACAGUUGCCUUAAUAAAUAUGUUGAUAGCUCCAUUGAAUGCGUUUCCUUGGGUCCUGAACGGCCUCACAGAGGCUUGGGUUUCAAUAAAACGAAUACAGAAGCUUUUGGAUUUACCGGACAUGAAUUCGGAGGAGUACUACGACCGUGUCAACGUGAACAGAGAUGAAGAUAAAAUAAUAAUAUUCAGAAACGCUACUUUUGCGUGGGCCAGACCUAUGAAACGAGAUAAUAUGAAGUUAAAUAAAGAAAAGGGGAAGUCGAAUAAGAAUAAACGAAAGCUUAAUAUUCAGAGGAGUGAUUCUCUCACGUCCGAAGAAGGCGGACAAGAUGCGCCCUUUACAUUGAAGGAUAUAUCAUUAGAAAUUGGAAGAGAAGAAUUUAUAGGUGUGACCGGAUCUAUUGGUAGCGGAAAAACAUCUUUACUGCUGGCUGUUAUUGGUGAAAUGUUAAAGAAAAAUGGAGAUCUUCAACUUCCAGAAAGUCUCAACAGCUUUGGAUACGUAGCACAAAAGCCAUGGUUAAUACGUGGGACUAUUCGUGAUAAUAUUUUGUUCGGGAAACCUUAUGACGAAACAAAAUUUAAAUCGGUGAUCGACGCAUGUGCUUUAACAGAAGAUUUAAAUGUACUCGGUUGGAACGCGUAUGUCGGUGAAGGUGGAUGUACGCUAAGCGGAGGACAGCGUGCUAGAAUCGCUUUGGCACGAGCUGUAUAUCAAGAUAAACAAGUAUACUUAUUGGACGAUGUGUUGGCGGGUCUGGAUGCCCGUGUGUCGCAGCACGUGUUACAACACUGCCUGAUGGGCUUGUUGCGACACACGACGCGACUGUUCGUCGCACAAUCACCGAAACAUCUAGCUAGAGUCUCACGUCUACUGGUACUGCGUGAAGGCCGUAUAGUUAACGAAGGACCCCCUGAAAUGAUCUUACACGAUAUUGAGGAAUAUUUGCCAAGUGAUUCAGAAUCUUUGGGAGACGAUCUUCCUAGGCAAAAACAGAUUGAACAAUCUGAUGAAGAUAACAUCAGCAGAAAUAGCUUGGAUGAUGAAGAAACAGUGUCAGAAGGAACCGUCGGUUUUUGGGUCAUUGGAUUAUAUUUGAAAUCAGUUGGAAUAUUUCUCACUGUCGCAAUAACGCUAUCUCUAAUACUAAUGCAAGUCUCGCAGAAUUUCACAUUCUUUUGGCUAACGAUAUGGUUGAAGAACAGAACUAAGAAUUCUACAGCUCUGACCGACUCUGAGUUCAAUUUUCACGAGAACACGACUGUUCUAGACCAUAGCUUUAACGCUGUAGACGGCAUCGUUCAUAAACUCAUCAACACGACAAUGAUGUUGAUAAAUUCUAUUGACGGGCAUAAAAACAAUGUCAGCGAGCCAUCAUUAAGCUCGACCCUCACUAAUGCCCGUGCGACACUAGAAAUCAGUAUACCACAGUACAACGACAACUUCUACUUGGAAGCGUACUUCGGAUUGGCUGGAUUAAAUCUUGUGUUCACUGUAAUGAGGGCUUUCCUCUUCGCUUAUGGAGGCGUGAAAGCAGCUACUAAAAUACACAAAGUGCUUUUGAAAGUUAUUGUCAGGGCACAAGUGAAAUUUUUUGACGUCACUCCUAUUGGAAGAAUUGUUAAUCGUUUUUCAUCUGACACGUAUACAGUUGACGAUUCGUUACCUUUUAUUUUGAAUAUACUUUUGGCUCAAUUCUUUUCUCUCAUUGGCGCACUGGCGGUGACAAUAUACGGGUUGCCGUGGCUGCUGGUGGGCGUGGCGCCCCUCGCCUUCGUGUACUACCGGCUGCAGCGCGUCUACCGCAUCACCUCGCGACAACUGAAACGUCUACAGAGCGUCACUCUCUCCCCUAUCUACACGCACUUCAACGACACCCUCGAAGGUUUGAGUAGCAUACGCGCGCUGGGCGGCGCGGCGGCGUGGGAGGAGCGCGGCUGCGAACUCGUGGAGUCGUGGCAGCGUGCGGCGCUCAGCGCGAGCGGCGCGGCGCAGUGGCUGGCGCUGCGACUGCAGGCCGCCGCCGCCGUUCUCGUGGUAGCGGCCGCCGCGCUGGCUGUGCUGCAGAGGACGCUGCACACCGCCGACCCAGGGUUGGUGGGUCUGGCGAUAUCCUACGCGCUAUCCAUGACUUCGAUGUUGAGCAAUGUGCUCAAUUCUUUUACGGAAACCGAACGAGAAAUGAUAGCCGUCGAAAGGGUAGGAGAAUAUAUUAGACAGGUUGAAAUUGAGAGUGUCGACGGUGAAUCUCCUCCAUACGGUUGGCCGUCACAUGGCGUUGUUGAGUUUGAUGAUGUCCACCUUAACUACAGUGUCCGCGAGAGGGCGACGGCUGCGUUGUGCGGCGUGUCGUUCACGAGCUGGGCCGGCGAGAAGCUCGGCGUCGUGGGACGCACUGGCGCCGGGAAGAGCUCGCUGCUCGCCGCGCUGCUCCGGCUGGCGCCGCUCUCGCGGGGGACAGUGCGAGUCGACGGCGUCGACGUACACAAGCUACAUCUGCAUUCACUCAGGUCUCGUAUCGGAGUGAUACCGCAGGAGCCGUUCAUAUUCAGCGGCUCGAUCCGCGAGAACGUGGACCCGCUCCGUCAGUACUCGGAGACGGAGGUGUGGCGCGCGCUGGAGGCGUGCGGGGUGAGGGACGCGGUGUCGGCCCGCGGCGGCCUGCACCACUCCGCCGCCUCGCUGUCCCGCGGCCACGCGCAGCUGCUGUGUCUCACGCGAGCGCUGCUGCAGCGCGCCAAGGUUCUUUUGGUUGACGAAGCCACCGCGAACCUCGACCAAGAUACCGAGCGAUUGAUCCUUGAUACGAUUCGGUGUUCGUUCAGCGGCGCGACGGUCCUGUUCGUGGCGCACCGACUGGCCGGCGUGCUGGAGUGCUCGCGCGUGCUCGUGCUCGGCGGGGGGAAGGUUCUGGAACUGCGCACGCCCGACGACGCGCUUUCCGAUCAAACCUCUUACUUUUACAACAUGCUCUACGCUUCAUAGAUAGAUAGCGGUAGGUAGCGGCUUGGCUCUGCCCCUGGCAUUGCUGAAGUCUAUGGGCGACGGUAACCACUCACCAUCAGGUGGGUCGUAUGCUCGCCUGCCUACAAGGAUAAUGCCACUUUCUUAUGAACAAUAUACAUGGCUCAAGUAAAAAUGUACACAAUAAGUUCUCUUAUUUAUUAGCAUCGUAUAUGAGCAUGAGCAUGCGCAUGUUUGAUUGUAUUUUCGCCAAAGUUGAUAAUUUUCAAAAUCUUAACUGUUUUAUAUUGUUUUUUAUUGAUCCGCAUUAAAAUGAAUAUGAUAAUGUAGAGAUAAAAAAGUAUAUUUUUAAUUUAAGUGUUUUUAGGUUUAAGUUAUUUUUUUCUGAAAUUAUUAUCAGACUGAGUUUCGAACUAGUCUUGUUAUUAUUGGUCCAUUCAUUUGUUUCACAUUUAAUUAAUAUAGGUUAAACAGUCUUAAUAUAUUAUUAGGUAACAUGGGCAGAGACCAGCCCACUUCAUUCUAAAGUUAAUAGUUACCCACGUUACAUAGAUGUAAAUAUAAAUUGAUAUAGCCACACGCGUCUUUGAAAAUUAGCGUCACUGGCUUACUUUAAAAUGAGAUAUAACUUUUAAAUUCAUUAUCAACUAAAAUUACGAGUAAUUUAUUGUAUUCUCUAUUUCCGUUUUUAUCUAUUCUUCCUAAAUUUAAUGUAUCACACACACAAUCCCAUUCUUUUCAUUGUUGUAUUAUUUUUAAAUAUUCCAUUAUUGAUUAUAUUUUAACAUAAUAAAUUUGCGUUAGACCGCCGCCUAUUUCAAAUGAUCAUGGCCGAUAUGUUAGUUUUUUAACUUCCUUUUCACCUUACUAAAAAUAACUACUAAACCGCCAGUUUUUAAUUAAAAAUAAUAAACAUGAUUUGUAAAAUUUUAUGACGAAGCUUUUUCACUCGUGGUAGGACCUCUUGUGAGUCCGCACGGGUAGGUAACAACACCACCACCCUGCCUGUUUCUGUCGUGAAGCAGUAGCGUUUCGGUUUGAAGGGUGGGGCAGCCGUUGUGACCAUAUCUCAAGGUGGGUGGCGGCACUUACCUUGUAGAUGUCUAUGGGCUCGGGUAACCACUUAACACCAGGUGGGCUGUGAGUUCGCCACGCACCUAGGUAAUAAAAAAAAAAUCGAGGUGUAGAUGUGUAAUUACAUAGUUUGCUUUAUUUAUUUGUAAGGGUCAAGUGACAGGCUACCUUGAACAAUUUAUAGUAAAUACGAGUAUAGUUAAUACCAAGUCACUAGUGUCCCCCUGGAAGAGCUUAGUGUGUUUUUGUUCUUUUUUGUUUGAAAUUUUACUGGUGGUAUAUUGGAAGGCGGAUUAGAAGACUGUACGUUUAGUUAUCACAUUCCUACUUUACCUGGAAGAUACUGUUCGCUUCGGUUUGAAAUUUAGGGAGGCCAUUGAGCAAUACAAUUGAGACGUACGUGGAAAGGACACACGAACUUAAGCUUAUGAGUUAAGUGUCUAUAGAAUAUUACAAGGGCGAAUGAAAACUACCUACUUGGAGGGGUGAAUGUAAACUCGAUGAAAUAUGAAUUACCUUAAAUUGACAGCAUUGUUUGACUAUUGUAAGUGUUUUAUGUGGGAUCAUUUGUCGGUGUACGUCUUGAUAAGAUACCCAUUUUUUAUUUGUGAAAUAAAAUAAAAGCGGUGUUUAUGUUUUCCCAGUAGUUGACAUUUUGCGCCAUUAAGACGUUUAUUGAAUUAUCACCAUUGUCUUAACUACCUUUGUAGCAUUUAUUUUGAAUAAUAUUAAUAUCAAUUAAAACUUAUUUAUUUAUUAUGGUGUAUACUUUUUCUAUCAAACUCGUAUUACAAUAAUCAUGUUUCAUUCCACUUGGGUAAAAUUUAAAUUUUUAGAAGUUGACACUCUUCUAUCUAUGUUUGAUCUAAUGAUACAAUGAAAAUAGAGUAAUUUAGUAUAAGAUUACACAAGUAUUAUAAAAUUAUUGUUAUUAUUGAUUUGAAAUUAGAAUCCCCAGUAAAUCAGAUCGUUACAUUUAAUUUUAUAUUUGCAUCUUUUAUCUGUAGUAGUCUAAUUUUAGUAACACUAACUAAAGUUAGACUACUACAGAUUUCCACCCCAGUUUAAUGUAUAAAUAUUAUAGUUAAUAUUUAGAUAUAACUUGAUAUUGCCGUAAUAGUUUUAUUAGGUCAUAUUAUUAGAAAUAAAAAGUUAACAUUUGUGAGUAGGUAUUUCAGGUCAGCCUACUGAGAAUGCAGGAUAUAACAUCUUGUUUCAUGAAGAAUAUCAAUAUAAUAUUGUUACAUGUAUAAAAAAUCAUUAUUCUUUUUGAAGUGAAACUUCUUUAGGCGCAUGAGGGUAACAUUGUUACAGAACGUCACGCAGGUAUGCAACGGAAGUGACAUCAAACUACUAUUGAAAUUAAGUACUUGUCAAAUGUCAGUAGUAGUAGUUGUUGUAUUUUUCCAAUUGGAAAGGCAAAUGUAUCAUACCAUACAGCCUAAUAUUUUAUAAUUUUUUUGUGAAAAAUGUUAAUAGGAAUUGAAAUGAAAUUAAAAGAAUUUGGAACAUUAAUCAAAUAGCGUGAAAUUAAAUUAGUCAGUUCAAUUGGCAAAAUAUUAGUCAUUUACAAUUUAGAAAUCUAAACAUAAUGUGACUGUUAACACAGGUUUGAGAUUGACAUUUGACAGACUUUUGGUGGGAACAUAUCUUCCUUUUUCCUUCCUCUAAGUCUCGGAAAUCUAAAGUUUUAGAUUUGUAUAAAUAUAAGCAAGACUUAUAAAUUAGUUCGCCAAAAAAGUUUCACUUCUGACAUGUGUACUUUGUACGCACGCACUUUUUUUUUUUUCAAAUACAUUAGUGACAAAAAUAUUCUUAUUUAUUACUUGUUUUGUUUAAAACGUUAUAAUUUGAAAUUGAGCUUUUGCUGUGAAAUAAGCUAAGUAUUAUUACUUUCAUUAUGACUGAAUUAUUAGGUAUGUAAUAAUUGUGUGAUAUAAAUAUGAUUUUUGUAUUAAAAGUAAUAAAAUGUUAUUUUAAUAAUAAAAUCAAUAAAUGAAUUCAUAUUUCAGUUCAAAAA